UUAAAAUGAGGUGAUUACUUUAUUUGCACUGAGCAAUAGUGCUACUAAUUCUUUUAUUACUCCCCCUAGCCCAAGCAACCAAAGGGCUGGACAAUGACUGUGUUAGUGAUGAUGAUUGCUAUAAUACCUAUGAACAUUGAAGCAUUAGUGAAAAAGAAUGCAUUCAUAAAGAUGUGUUUCCACAAGAAAUUAUGGAAUUUUUCGGGUCAAUAGUCCUUGGCCUCAUGAUUGCACUUUCAAAUGCAGGUGGCAUUGGAGGUGGAGGCAUCAUUGUACCUAUAGCUAUAAUAUUUUUCAGAUUCAGAACAAAACAAGCUGUAGCAAUCUCUAACUUUUGCAUUUUCACCGCUUCGGUUGUCAGAUACGCGUUAAACUUUAACAAAAAGCAUCCAAAGAAAGACGCUAAAAUCAUCGAUUAUAGCAUUACAAUGAUAAUGCUUCCGAUGGUUUUGUUGGGCUCUCUUUUUGGUGUCCAAAUUAAUAUGAUAAUCCCAGAAUCAAUCCUUUUAGGAGCCCUCACCAUAAUCCUAAUUUACUUAUCUAUUACUUCACUAAGAACUUCAUUAAAAAUUAGAAAGAAAGAAAAUUUGGAGAAAGUGAAGGAUGAUAUUCCUGAAGAGCAAAGGAGCGAAAGUCAGGAAGAUAAGAAGAGCGAAGAAGAGAAGAAGAAUAUCCAGUCUGAAGAUUUACUGAAUAAUGAUGGCGAUGUCUGCUCUAUCUAUGAAAAUCCCAUCCCUCCUAUUCCUAACUCAGUAAAAGAGACGUCCCAUGAAUCCAGCAAGGAGAAAGAGGGCGUACCUAAAGUGAAGAAAGGAACCCUUUUAAAGAGUGAUAACAGCUCUGAGGAAGAGAAGGAAAUUGUAAGCGAUGAAGAUUCCAAAGAUAGUAAAGAGAAAGAGGAAUCAGACGUCCAUCCUGAAUUAGCGAAGAUAAUCUGGAAAGAGCAAAGCCAUAUUAAGCCAUCCACCCUGAUUCUAUUCCCCUUCUUAUUUAUUACUCUGAUUGUGCUGAUCCUUAUUAGAGGAACCUCUAGUGUCGACUCUAUUGUUGGUAUUGAGUCUUGCUCAGCUGGAAGCUUCGUAGUCCUAGCCAUAUUAAUCCUGUUCUACGUCGUAAUGACUGGGUUUAAUACUAUUCUUGUGAAAAACGAAUAUAGAAUAAAAGUUGAGCAAGGCUAUAAUUUUGUUGAAGGGGACCUCAAAUGGGAAACUAAGCUUCUCGUCCAGUUUAUUUUAUGAGCAUUUGGGGCAGGCUUUAUUGCCGGAACUGUAGGACUUGGAGGAGGAGUAAUAUUCAAUCCUUUAUUACUAAGCUUUAAAGUUCCUCCUCAAGUCGCCUCUGCGACAGGAAUGUUCAUGAUUACCUUCGGAUCACUUUCGAACGUUUUCUUAUUCACCAUGGCAGACUAUUUCCACUUUGGCUUUGGAUUUUGGCUAGGGGCUUAUACAGCUUUAGGUACGACGGUUGGAAUAAUCUCAGUCAAUAAAUUAAUCAAAAAGACAGGGAGGACAAGUUACAUUGCGUUUAUUCUGACUCUAGUAAUCAUUCUAAGUGCUAUCAUUAUCCCUAUAUACGGAAUACUACAAUUAAUCCAAGAUUCUAAUGAUGGAAAGAAUCUUCUUGAAUUUGGAAGUUUCUGAGACUAACCCAAUUUUAAUAUUAAGUAAUCACAUUUAUCCUCUUCAACUUUG